AGCUGUUUUCUUCCAGAAGUUUCUGGUGCAGCUGUGCGACAGCCUUGCCUGUGCCAUGCCUGGGUUUCCACCCCGGAGUCAGGAAGUUUGGAGAAUGAAGCUCUUCAGCCCUGAGGUUUCCCCAGACUCCUCCCUCGCCGCCGCAGCACACCUGCUUCACAUCUGCACUCUCUUCCUGACCUUGCUUAACUUGGCUCGAGGCUCCAAGGACCCCAUGGCGCCCAGCCAGCCAUUCAUCACGAUCUGGAAUGCAGACACCCAGUGGUGCCUGGAGAAGCAUGGCGUGGAUGUGGACGUCAGUGUCUUUGAUGUGGUCGUCAAUCCAGGACAGACCUUCCAUGGUCCUAACAUGACUAUUUUCUACAGCUGGCAGCUGGGCACCUACCCCUACUAUACAUCCACUGGGGAACCCAUAUUCGGUGGCCUGCCCCAGAAUGCCAGCCUUGAUGCCCACCUGAGUCGCACGUUCCAGGACAUCCAGACUGCCAUGCCUGUUCCUGACUUCUCAGGCCUGGCGGUCAUUGACUGGGAGGCAUGGCGCCCGCGCUGGGUCUACAAUUGGGACACCAAGGACAUUUAUCGGCAGCGUUCACGGGCACUGGUGAAGGCACAGCACCCCGACUGGCCAGCCACUAGGGUGGAGGCAGCAGCCCAGGACCAGUUCCAGAAAGCUGCCCAGCAGUGGAUGGAUGCCACCCUCCAGCUGGGAGAAGUACUGCGCCCUCAGGGCCUCUGGGGUUACUAUGGCUUCCCCGACUGCUACAACUAUGACUUUCUAAGUCCCAACUACACUGGCCAGUGUCCACCAAACAUCCAUGCCCAGAAUGACCAGCUAUGGUGGCUGUGGAACCACAGCCGUGCCCUCUACCCUAGUAUCUACUUGCCUGCAGCACUGAAGGGUACCGGGAAGGCACAGAUGUUCGUGAGGCACCGCGUGCUUGAGGCGUUCCGAGUGGCCAAGAAGGCCAGGGCCCCUAGUUUGCCAGUGCUGCCUUAUGUCCAGAUCUUCUAUGAGAUGACAAAUGAUCUUCUGCCCCUGGAGGAGCUGGAGCACAGCCUGGGGGAGAGCGCAGCCCUGGGAGCAGCAGGAGUGGUGCUCUGGGUGAGCUGGGAACAAACACAGACCAAGGAAUCCUGUCAGGCCAUCAAGGAGUAUACGGAUUCCACACUGGGUCCCUUUAUCCUGAAUGUGACCAGCGGGGCUCGUCUCUGCAGUAAAAUCCUGUGCUCCAGCCAUGGCCACUGUGCCCGCCGUCCCAGCCACCCUGAAGCCCUCCUCAUCCUCAACCCUGCCAGUUUCUCCAUCCGUGUCGCACCUGGUGGCAGGCCACUGAGCCUGAAGGGUGCCCUGUCACUUGAGGAUCAGAAACAGAUGGCUUUGAAAUUCAAAUGUCGCUGCUAUCAGGGCUGGAGUGGAAAGUGGUGUGAGCAGCAGAGAGUAUAGGGAUUGGCUAUGCACAGUGAAUGCCUCACACUCCGGGCCUGUCCGUGGCUUCCUCAAAUACAGCCACAGGUGUGCAACUUACAGUCAGUCAGGAGUACACUCAGCUACUGUCAUGGUCAUAUGCACACACUCGCAGAGUCCAAGACUGGGAGUGUCACAUGAGUUAGAAGACACUAUCAACUCUAUGCCCAUAUGGGUCUAACUAGCUAGCAAUCACCAUGUGUGCCCCGUCCUAAGCAUAUUAAGUGGCCAGCUCAUUCGGUUUUCCCAGUGAAGUGAUAAGAAAUUGAGGUACUCACAGUGAGAGUACUUUUCUUUUUUUUUUUUCU